AUGGCCACUGUUCAGCAAGACGUCCUGCACCCAAACAUGGUCAAGUUGCUCCCCAAAGCUGCCUUUGAUAACCACCCCAAGAUCCCCGCCGCCCCAAGCACCAAGGCGGUCACCGGCGCGUCCCUGGAGAGCGGGAGGAACUUUGGGGCCACUUUUGCACGGACGUUGAUCCUUUUCUUCGGUGACAACACCACAGUGGCGGAGUAUGAGCCUAACCGAUUUUACGAGCCGCGGCCCCGGCGUAGGCUGUCCUGGGCCGUGUGGAGAUGUGUGCUUGUGUUUGGGUACUAG